CUAUGGUUUUUUGUUGUUAUUUUAUGUUGCUAUGACUAUAGAUGGUUUUUUAAUUCACGUGGCCGGCUUUUUUUCUUCAUGGAGAGUAUGGAUUAUUAAACAUUACUGUUGAGUCUUCCUUGAUUUGUGUGUUGAGUGAUUUCAUUAUAGCAGCUGCCCUAAAAUAAAUAAUGCAUCAUCGAGAUGAUCCUAAUUGUCCGUUUCGAGAAGUUGUUUUGGAAGCUGUGAGGGAGUUGGAAGAAACGAAACAGAAAUUUUCUGAAAUAACAGAAAAAGUAAAAGAUUUUGAAAUAAAAUUGAAGAACACCUUAAACAUUAUUCAGAAAUGCGGAACGUUAACUUGCGGGGCGAGUAGUCAAGUACUUAGCAGUGUUGAAAACAGGAGGGUUGAUGUUUCUGUUACCAAAAAUAGCAGUCACCAUCCUGUUCAUACAUCAGGGCAGAAGGGAUGUGUUUCUCCAACAGGCCUUGAAGAAAUUUCUAUACACAUAAAAACUGAACCGUUGGAGACACUCCAGCCAGGAGAUGUGACGGGUACUCCGGCUUCAUCCUCAGCAAGGAAACAUGGUUUACUUUUAGAUGGCGGCACUGCAGACACCUUCCCACCAGAGGAACCAAGUCAGAAGCGGUGCAAGACUGACAGCUGUCCAGCAGUGCAGGGGGGAAAAGAUACUGAGAAUGUUGAGCAAAAAGCGAACCAGCCUGGAUGUACCCAUGAAAAUAAAAUUGUUGCUGGAAGUGUUGUACCUGUGGUUGACAAAGGUUUUCAAGAUGAUCUCAGCAAUAAGAAAAAAAAUGGUCUUGCAAAUGCAGAGUUGGCCAAGGACUCAUUUAACCAGCUGUUGGAUGUAAUUUGCCCAAGAACUUUGGAUGCUGUGAAAUUCUUUGGUUUCAAGAAGUUGACAGAAGUGCAGGCACAAGUGAUGCAACCAAUGUUGCUAGGGAGGAACAUGAUCGUUUCUUUCAGGAGGGGUGCAGGGAAAACCCUCGCCUACCUCAUCCCUGCGAUAGAGAUUAUCUACCGCGCAAAUUUCGAGCCAUGUGACGGUGUUGGAUGCGUAAUCAUAUGUCCAACAAAUGAACUGGUAAUGCAGACCUAUGGUGUAGUGUUGGGACUAAUGCAGUAUCACAAGCUGACAUACGGGAUGCUGUUGGAAACAAAGUUCAAAAACUCAAUGAUAUCGGAGAGUGAAAUGCUGUCUCAAGGUGUUAAUAUCCUUGUGUCAACUCCAGUUAAACUGCUUCAGUGUAUCACUGCAAAGAAAGCUGAGUUCAGCAAAUUGCGAUGUGUAGUCAUCGACGACAGUGACUUCGUGUUGUCGAAAUUUAGGAAAGACACGAAGAAGAUUUUGCGCUUACUACCCAGUAGUAAGCAGGUAGUGUUGUUCACUGCAAAUGAAAUUUCUUCCUCAUUAAAAGUGGAGCAGCUGCUACCUGGAACAUCAUUCAUCGCUGUGAGGAGCAGAGGAACUGGUUUACUUCCAAAAGGACUUGAACAUUAUUUUGUGCAUUGCGAAGCUGUGAAGCGCACCUUCCUUGUCUUUAAGCUGCUUCAAAACUGGCAUCAGUUCGAGAAAGUUGUGGUGGUCUUCCGAAGACUGUAUCACGUGACCUACUUCGGGCGCUGGUUGCCGCGUCUCGGCAUCCCUGUCUACGCCAUGAAUAAUAGAUUUGGAACCAAAGAACAAAUAAAUACUUUCCUUGAAUUUUGCUCUGUAAAAACGGGAGUGCUGUUGUGCUUUUCGGAUUUGAGUUUUGGUUUGGACAUUCCUGCAGUGAGUUGGGUCAUUCACUACGACUGUGUUACUGUUGAGGAUUAUGUUUGUAACGCAGGACUUACAGCUCGUGGAAUCAAUGGCAAAGGAAAGUCACUGAUAUUACUUUAUCCUAGCCAGAAGGAUUUGCUCUGUAUGCUACAGGAAAACGGGAUAGUGCCUAGAAAAUAUGUUUUUAAAGAUGCAGAAAAUGGAAUGAAGGUUUUCCAUAAAAAGCUACAAGAACUGGUCUGUAGCAAUAAAAUCAUGAAGAAUGCUGCCAGGAAGGUCAUGUAUGCGAGUCUCAGCAUCAUGAAGCACAGCUCCCACCUGCUGCCUCAGCAGUCCUUGGAACUUGCCGAAGCAUUUGGUCUCGAGUCGUUGCCAGAGUUGGGAGACAAUAAGAGCAGCACAGCACGCCAAAAGAAAAGGCUAAAACCAAGAAAAAAACCAUGCAAGAACAAGAAAUCUCGAAAAGGAACAAGCAAAAGGACAUUGAAGCAAUUCAAGGGAACUGCCCAGCAUCUCGUGGAUGAAGUUAAAUUAUCUGUGAUUUAAAAAUAAAGAUGUGUGUGUUUACCAGUUAAUAUGGCUGUGAGACUCAAACGUCUAACUGAAACUGUAGCACAGUUUCAGCAGCAUUUUGCCAGCUCUUAACAUUUCGGAAACUUCUGUUUCGAAUGGUGAUACGACUGCCUUUUUGAGUUUUUUUUAUCUUCGCGUGCAACAUUAAAAGUUUUCAAGAUGAAGCAUUCUAAAGAUUCAGUACAUUAAAUAGGUCAGUUUAGUUGGACAAGUUGAUGAGUGUGAGGAACUAAAGUAAAAUCUUGUGUGAAGACUUUCAUCAUUCUCUCAUACCAAGGUUCUGUGCUUCCAGAAUCACAGCGUGAUGCAUCAAACUGGACCUUGUAAAGUAAAUGUGAAAGUUAUUUUAAACACAAGUUGUUAACCUAUUCAUGGAAAUAGUAUGCUAAGAUUUUGAAAUUUAAAUGGGAAAAAAAUUAAGUAACCAUCACAUUUUUUUUUACUAUGAUGAUUUUUAAUCAUGGCAAAAUAUGUUUGUAAAUGUCCUGGCAUAAGAAUGGCCUUCCAUUUAUCUUCAAUCGCCCAUUUGUAGGAUUGAACUAUGACAUUUGUUCAAGUGAACUUUUUUCAUGACAGCUACUUUGUUUAAAAUAUAAACCCUCUUAAGACUUAUGUUUAGUAUGGCCUGCAAUUAGAAUUACAUGAUUAUAUUUACAUCAAACUCCUAAUUCAGUUACGUGGGCUUCAAACUGAUGUCACCAAUAAUAAUCCAUACUAAGUAAUUUUUUCUUAACUUUGAAAAUUAAUGUCUCUUAGAUGAGUGUAUCUUAAAUGAGUGGUAUCCGAGAUUUGAGUUAAUACUAAAUACUGUAUCUUUUCAAAUUUAUUUUAAUCCAUGUACAGAGUUUGGUGUUUAUACUAAAUUUUCAUUUGCGUGCAAAAAUUGCUUGCACGUAGCUUUUAGGAAUAUACAAUAAGUCAUAUUGCUUAAGGACAUUUUGUUGAGGUGUAGCAUGGACUUAAGUUCAUAGGUCCAUGAGUUUGGCCAAAAUAUUAUCUAUGAAAUGAAAUGAAAUACUUACCCAUACCUACUUUCUUAUAAUUUAUGUUCAUGGUGCACUAAAUUUAUAAUUUUUUAAGAUGUUUGAUGAAGUACUUUUUUUUUUCUGUGUUCAUAAUUUUUUAUAGUUUUGAAAUAUGAUUGUAAUAUAUGAAUUUAUUACAGAUUUUUGAUUUAAA